AUGAUAUUACUGACGCUUCCAGUUCUAUUCCAUCCCUGCAAACCAAUAUCUCGUCUCUCGGGGGUGUCAUACUUUAUCGAUCAGGACCAUGGAUUCUACACCCUCCAGGUACCCUGGGAUUCGCACACGGGCAUCAUCCGAUCCAACUAUAGAGAUAGAGACAUUGAACAUGAUAAGAAGCACCUGCUCGCAACGGCCCUCAGGGACGAGGUCCAUGACGAGCCUCACCCCGAGAGACUACGGGGCCUUGUAGUCCAUGACCGCUGCUGGCAGGUACUUCGCAAGCACCGGAUCUGGAGACGCGCUCGGGGAGACAUCGAUUGUAUCAUGCGUGCAUUGCUGAGCAGGACCGCCAGAGACUGGGAGACGAGCCCGCUGGUACCGGAUUCGUUGAGGCUUAAUAGUUGCUGGGAAAACCCUAUCAUGAUGGAAGAGACAGAUCCCCUGCACAGCCGCUACGUACAGUACCUGAUCAGCCGGGCUCGCCGCAGGACACACAGGAGGUUCAAGGUCAUGCGAAACCGGCAGAGGAGCCAUCUGAAUCGUCUGCCCGGGGAGGUUCUAUUUCUGAUAGCAGACCUGCUGCAGUCUCCGGAGAUAGUGGCACUUCAGGAGGCAAUUGGGACAUACUUGGGAGACGCGUAUUGGCGCUCUCGAAUCCCCAUGGACCUGUUCCAUGAGCUCCGCGAGCUGGCUGACCAGGGCCAGAUCCUCGAUUGGCAGUUUCUCUGCCUGGAGCUGGAGAAAUACAAUAUCGGCCUGUCGGAUGCUCAGCGGCGCGGUGGGCGGUAUAAUGAGUUGGUGGGUCGGAAGUGGGUUCUGGAGCAGCUCGAUGCGAUUGAACGUUUUAUUUGUUGA